AUGACUUCAAAUAUCGACUCUGAACUAAAUGAAAGUGCUUCAUUCGAUUCAAAUCAAAUAUCAACUGAUGAAAAACAUACGGAAGUAAUGGAUUCCAGUAAUCUUUCAAUUGCCAAUGAAGAUAUAAAUAUUGAUGAAUCUUCAUCAACAACCUCAAAUCGAACACAUGGACAAACAGCAAUUGGUGCUAAACUUAUUCAAAAAUUAGAAAAAUUUGCGGCUGAUUCUAAAGAAAAUAAACAAUCGAAUGAUAAAAGUUCAUCAAUAAUAAACAAGGAUGAUAGUGUUUUGUCAAAUACGAAUAAUGAAUCAGAACCACAUAGAAAUAUAGACGAAGUAGCAAAUAAUUUAUUGGAAAUGUUAAUUGAUCAAGACCCGCAAAAAAAUUUAUUAGCAUUAGCAACGAAAUUAGUUGAAUUACAAGAACAAAAUCGUUUAACACACGUGAAAAUAAAUGAAUUAGAAAAACGAUCAACAUUUUUAAUUCGUGAACGAGAUCAAAUAUUAAUUGAAAAUAGUCGUGCAUCAGCUGCUAAAUCGAAAUUAGAAAGUCUUUGUCGAGAACUUCAUCGACAUAAUCAACAAAUUCGAGACGAAUGUGUUCGACGACAACAAGAUGACGAAUCAAAACGCCAAGAAUUAGCUAGCAAAUUCCAAACAACAAUUGAUGAAAUUACUUCACAAUUAUCAAAUUAUAGUGCACAAUCUACAUCAUUACGUGAACGGAAUCUUCAAUUAUCUGAACAAUUAACAUCCGUUGUCAAAGAAUAUGAAUUGCGAGAAACAGAGUUCGAAACAGCUUUAAAGAAAAAAGAACUUGAAUUACGUUUAACUGAAGCUAGUUUAGAAAAAAGUCAUGCAGUACUUAAUGAACGAACAGAAUUAAUUAAACAAGAACGACAAGUGAGCGAAGCUGAACAAUUACUUCUAUAUAGAAAAUGUGAAGAAUUAGCUAGAUCUGAAUUAAGUCUUCGUACUCAAUUGAAAGUUUAUACUGAACGUUAUCAAGAAUUUCAAAAUGCUAUUCAGCAAAGUAGCCAAAUGGUAACAUCAUGUCACACAGAAAUCGAAAGAAUGGGAAAAAAAAUACAAAUUUUAGAACAAGAACGAAACGAUUUUCGCAAUCAAUGGGAAAUUGCUGAAAAAAAUCAACGAAAAUCGAAUGAGGAUAUGAAAUUGAUGGAAAAAGAAAAACGACAAUUAGAUAUUAAACUUGAUAAACUUGAUCGAUUAUGUCGGACUUUACAACAAGAACGAUCAGAGCUACAAGCAAAAAUUAAAAAUCUAACAAAAUCUUCAGCAAAUAAUUCUUCAGCCGCUUCAAUUGAAAGUGGUGCAUCAAAUCCUGAUAUAGGUAUCUAUGUUCUACUUUUUAAAUAUCUAAUUAAAUCUCCUUUAGUUGCAUCAACUGUUGAAAAUGAUAAAACUAUUACUUCAGAUGUUCUAACAUCUGUUGAAACGCCAACUCAUGUACAUGAUUCAUUUAAAAAUGAUGCAGUAUUAUUAUCAAAAACAUCUGAUACUAAUGAAUAA